AUGUUGCUAAGGUAUUAUGCUGGUUAUCUUGAUGAUUUCCGCGACGCCAUUGCUACUUGGAACAGUAUCUGGGGAUCUAUGACAUGCUCGUAUAACGUGAAGAUGCUUAUGCAGCUCUCAUACGAAUAUCUGAGGCUAUAUGCAAAUGAGUUCGCCUUUCAGGCUGCUACGCUACGGACAUUGGCACCCAAUAGCCUAGCGCUUGACGACGAAGCUCGUCCAAUUAAGAGUCUUGGCGGUUUACCCGAAGCUCGCUUCACGUUUGAGUCAAUUGAUGCGGCAAGAUCAUUAUUGACUCUAGUCAACAAUAUUCCAUUGGAGAAAAAUCUCAGCAUCUUCCCGAUUCGCCUUCCCCUUCCCGAGCUGAUGACCGUCCUCAGAUACUGUGUCAAUGCAGCAGUUUUUCUCUUCAAGAUCUGGAAUAUCAAAGUGAUCUCAAACGCCGAACGAGCGAGUAUCCGACAAUUGAUUGGUGAUACAAUUGAGUCUCUCCAAAAAGGAACGCAGCGCCCUUCGCAGCUCGGACUGAGGUACGCACUGUUACUCAAAAUGCUAUGGGAACGAGCAAACCAUCGACCCGGCAUGAGCGAUGACAGUCUUGACUUUGAAUGUCGGACAAAGUCUGCUACUCAAUCUCAGGAGACACAGGAAGGGUUCUCGUGGCUUGACCUGGAGGCCAUAGGUGACUUUGUAUGGGGAGACUCGACUCUCAAUGGCGGUAUUGAUCCCGGGAAUGCGAAUCAACAACCAGACCUGCUACGGGAAGACUUUGACUGGAACGACAUGCAUAUGCUAGCUGGGAAUGACUUCUCUUGGAUAUUUUGA